GAUUGGUGUAGUGAAGUCCCUUGCCGGAAGCUGUCUCUACAACUGCGGCUCCUUGCGGGUCUUUUGCUUUUAGCCCGAAAGUUGGCUACGCCAAACGAUGCCCGGGUGGGGAGGGCGGAAAGGAGACCCUCUAUUUCACCGCGCUGGGCUCUCGGAGCCCGUGGGCAGCGCGGCCUACGAGUCCUGGCUCCGCACCUGCCGAGGCCCAGAGCCAGUGCCUAAAAAAGAAUAGCGGAGGAACCGGCCCGCGCGGCCAGCUGGAGCGCUGGAUCCUCGCGCGGGGGGAGACCGGGGCGCCCGCGGUCGUCCUCACCCACGCCGGUCUGCGCGUGCUGCUGCCUCCAAGACCUGGGGCGUCCUGGCCAGAUCUGGGUGCCAGCUCCCCGCCACCCCUCCCCAACCCUGUUCCGGGGGCGUGGCUUGGCGUGGGGGCGGGUUUAAGUCGCCGCGGGUGUCUGACCGAUCUGACAGGUCUCCAAAUUCCUCCCCGCCGCCGGGUGCCCGCUGCGCGCUUCAGAGCGCCAGGGUGGCACGCGGCGCGUCCCUGGAUCCAGUGGCGUUUCAGCCGACUUCCCCGCGGCCUCGGGCCUCCCUCCUCGUCCAAACCUUAAACUCGCCGCACCCGCCACGCUUCGGUUCUUAGCUUCGGGGAUCCGCACCGGUGGCUUCUCUGCGUCCUCGGAGCUGUUGGGUUCCGAGCCCUCCCCACUUUCUCCUGCCCCCACCUCCCGCUCCUCCCAGCUCCGGGCCAAAUGGACUCCGAAGAACGAAGUGAAGGAAAUGGGAACGGCGGGCUCCGACCCCUCGGAAGCACAGCUGGAAGGGCUGACCUCGUCUUCUAGCCGCGACUGGGACCCUGCCGCCUCCCCCGAGGGAUGCGACGGGCCAGAGCCAGCGCCGCGCUGUCAGUCCUCGCGCAGGAAGAGGAGACAGCCAGAGAGGAGCCGAGGAGGGAGCCUCAGCACACCCCCUUCUCCAAAUUAACUGUUUGGUGACUUGUUAGCCCUGAGGCUAUCACCUCUCCACCUCUCCCGCGGGGCACCCCGCCACCUCCCCGUCCCCCACGCCGCCCCCUUCUUUGCUCCCGCCCCCAGCUCCGCCCAGGCUCCCCAUCCCGGCGCAAUGGAGUUCCCCGAAGGGCUCUGCUCCUGCCACAGCGGCUAACUUCGCACCCGCCGCCGCCGCCGGUCACCGUGGGCCAGCCCUCCCGCGGCCGCCGAGUCGUGGGUGUCCCGAGCCCAGUGCCGCAGCCAGGACCCGCCCGGCGCGCAGCAGAAAGGAGCACGGCGCCCGGGUGCCUCUUGGAGAGCAAAGGCUGCGCCAAGACGCUGAGCCCAGGAGCGGCCCAGAAGCCUGAGCCCGGGAAGGAGGCUGCGUGGCUCCGAGCGCCGCGGCUUCUGCGGACACCGAGCCACCGCUGCCGCGCGCCCCAGCUGCGCCGCUUGGCGGGAGGGCGGCGCGCAAGGACGCAGGGGUCUGCGGCGAUCUUCCAGACGCCCUUUGCCCCGGGGCGCACUAUGACCUGACGCGCGGGGCCUCCUGUCCAGGGCUCGCGCGACCGGGCGGCCGGGGAUACCGGGGGCUCGCCACCAAGCUCCGGUCGGGCCGCCGUGGGGUCUUUGGGACCCUUCCCCACCUCCCCGCCGCCUCGGCCCGGCUCCGCGCCUCCCCGCCUGCGGCCCGGCGCCAUGGAGCUCUCCGAUGUGCGCUGCUUGAGCGGCACCGAGGAACUCUACACCAUCCACCCGACGCCCCCGGCCGGCGACGGCGGGAGCGGCUCCCGGCCGCAGCGGCUGCUGUGGCAGACGGCGGUGAGGCACAUCACCGAGCAGCGCUUCAUUCACGGGCACCGGGGCAGCGGCGGCGGCAGCGGCAGCGGGAGUAGAGGCUCCGGCAAAGCCUCGGACGCUGCAGGCGGCGGCCCCAACCACCACGCGGCGCAGCUGUCCGGGGACUCGGCGCUGCCCCUCUACUCGCUGGGCCCCGGGGAGAGAGCGCACAGCUCCGGUGGCACCAAAGUCUUCCCGGAACGCAGCGGGAGCGGCAGCGGCAGCGGGGGCGGGGGCGAUCUGGGCUUCCUGCACCUGGACUGCGCCCCGAGCAACUCCGAUUUCUUCCUCAAUGGGGGCUAUAGCUACCGAGGGGUCAUUUUCCCCACUCUGCGCAACUCCUUCAAGUCCAGGGAUCUGGAGCGCCUCUACCAGCGCUAUUUCCUGGGCCAGAGGCGCAAAUCCGAGGUGGUGAUGAACGUGCUGGACGUGCUGACCAAACUCACCCUCUUGGUCCUCCACCUGAGCCUGGCCUCGGCCCCCAUGGACCCGCUCAAGGGCAUUCUCCUGGGCUUCUUCACUGGCAUCGAGGUGGUGAUCUGCGCGCUCGUGGUGGUCAGGAAGGACACCACCUCGCACACGUACCUGCAGUACAGCGGCGUGGUCACUUGGGUGGCCAUGACCACCCAGAUCUUGGCAGCAGGCCUCGGCUACGGGCUUCUGGGUGAUGGCAUCGGCUACGUCCUGUUCACACUGUUCGCCACCUACAGCAUGCUGCCGCUGCCGCUCACCUGGGCCAUCCUGGCCGGCCUGGGCACCUCGCUGCUGCAGGUGGUCGUGCAGGUGGCCAUUCCCCGGCUGGCGGUCAUCUCCAUCAACCAGGUGAUGGCCCAGGCAGUGCUGUUCAUGUGUAUGAACACGGCUGGAACCUUCAUCAGUUACCUGUCAGACCGGGCCCAGCGCCAAGCCUUCCUGGAGACACGGAGGUGUGUGGAGGCCAGGCUGCGCCUGGAGACGGAAAACCAAAGACAGGAGCGGCUCGUGCUGUCUGUGCUUCCCCGGUUUGUCGUCCUGGAAAUGAUCAAUGACAUGACCAAUGUUGAAGACGAGCACCUGCAGCACCAAUUCCAUCGGAUCUACAUCCACCGCUAUGAGAAUGUCAGUAUUCUUUUUGCAGAUGUUAAAGGAUUUACCAACCUCUCCACAACCUUGUCUGCCCAGGAGCUGGUCAGGAUGCUCAACGAGCUCUUUGCCAGAUUUGAUCGACUGGCCCACGAGCAUCACUGCCUUCGCAUUAAAAUCCUGGGGGACUGUUACUACUGUGUUUCAGGGCUUCCGGAGCCCCGCCAGGACCACGCCCACUGCUGCGUUGAAAUGGGCCUCAGCAUGAUCAAAACCAUCAGGUAUGUGAGGUCAAGGACGAAGCAUGAUGUUGACAUGCGGAUCGGAAUCCACUCGGGCUCAGUGCUGUGUGGCGUGUUGGGUCUGAGGAAGUGGCAGUUUGAUGUCUGGUCUUGGGACGUGGACAUUGCAAACAAACUUGAGUCUGGAGGAAUCCCUGGGAGGAUUCACAUUUCCAAAGCCACGCUGGACUGCCUCAACGGUGACUAUAAUGUGGAAGAGGGUCAUGGUAAAGAGAGAAACGAAUUCUUGAGGAAGCAUAACAUAGAGACCUAUUUGAUUAAGCAGCCUGAGGAGAGCCUACUGACGUUGCCCGAAGACAUUGUCAAGGAGUCGGUGAGCUUCUCAGACAGGAGAAACAGUGGGGCGACAUUCACAGAAGGAUCCUGGAGCCCCGAACUGCCCUUUGAUAACAUAGUGGGGAAACAGAACACUCUGGCUGCCCUAACAAGAAAUUCAAUAAAUCUACUUCCAAACCAUCUUGCACAAGCUUUGCAUGUCCAGUCUGGGCCUGAGGAAAUUAACAAGAGAAUAGAACAUACCAUCGACUUGCGGAGUGGCGAUAAAUUGAGAAGAGAGCAUAUCAAGCCAUUCUCACUGAUGUUUAAAGACUCCAGCCUGGAGCACAAGUAUUCUCAAAUGAGGGAUGAAGUAUUCAAGUCAAACUUGGUCUGUGCAUUUAUCGUUCUCCUAUUUAUCACGGCAAUACAAAGUUUGCUUCCUUCUUCAAGGGUGAUGCCAAUGGCCAUCCAGUUUUCCAUCCUGAUCAUGCUGCACUCGGCUCUGGUCCUCAUCACCACGGCAGAAGAUUACAAGUGUUUGCCUCUCGUCCUCCGGAAAACUUGCUGUUGGAUUAACGAGACCUACUUAGCCCGGAACGUCAUCAUCUUUGCAUCCAUCUUGAUUAACUUCCUGGGCGCCAUCUUGAAUAUCCUGUGGUGUGAUUUUGACAAGUCGAUACCCUUGAAGAACCUGACUUUCAAUUCCUCAGCUGUGUUUACAGAUAUCUGCUCCUGCCCAGAGUACUUCGUCUUCACUGGGGUGUUGGCCAUGGUGACCUGUGCGGUUUUCCUCCGCCUGAACUCUGUCCUGAAGCUGGCCGUGCUGCUGAUUAUGAUUGCCAUCUACGCGCUGCUGACUGAGACCGUCUACGCGGGCCUCUUCCUGCGCUAUGACAACCUAAACCACAGCGGAGAAGAUUUCCUGGGGACCAAGGAGGCGUCACUGCUGCUGAUGGCCAUGUUCCUCCUUGCCGUGUUCUACCACGGACAGCAGCUGGAGUACACGGCCCGCCUGGACUUCCUUUGGCGAGUGCAGGCCAAAGAGGAGAUCAACGAGAUGAAGGAGCUCAGGGAGCACAAUGAGAACAUGCUCCGGAACAUUCUACCCAGCCACGUGGCCCGCCACUUCCUGGAGAAAGACCGAGACAACGAGGAGCUGUAUUCCCAAUCUUAUGAUGCCGUCGGGGUGAUGUUCGCCUCCAUCCCGGGGUUUGCAGACUUUUACUCUCAGACUGAGAUGAAUAACCAAGGGGUAGAAUGCCUGCGUCUGUUGAAUGAGAUCAUUGCUGACUUCGAUGAGCUGCUAGGCGAAGACCGGUUUCAGGACAUUGAAAAGAUUAAGACCAUCGGCAGCACCUACAUGGCCGUGUCGGGCCUGUCACCUGAAAAACAGCAAUGUGAAGACAAGUGGGGACAUCUGUGUGCCCUGGCCGACUUCUCCCUCGCCCUGACCGAAAGCAUACAGGAGAUCAACAAACAUUCCUUCAACAAUUUCGAACUCCGGAUUGGCAUCAGUCACGGCUCCGUGGUAGCUGGGGUCAUCGGCGCUAAGAAGCCACAAUAUGACAUUUGGGGCAAAACUGUGAACCUGGCGAGCCGAAUGGACAGCACAGGGGUCAGCGGCAGGAUCCAAGUCCCCGAGGAGACCUAUCUCAUCCUGAAGGACCAGGGCUUUGCCUUCGACUACCGAGGGGAGAUCUACGUGAAGGGCAUCAGUGAGCAGGAAGGAAAAAUCAAAACGUACUUUCUCCUGGGAAGAGUCCAACCCAACCCGUUCAUCCUGCCCCCGAGAAGACUGCCCGGGCAGUACUCACUGGCCGCGGUCGUCCUGGGCCUUGUCCAGUCCCUCAACAGGCAAAGGCAGAAGCAGUUGCUCAAUGAGAACAUCAACACAGGGAUCAUCAAGGGCCACUACAACCGGCGGACUUUGCUGACAGCCAGUGGGCCAGAGCCCGGGGCCCAGGCUGAGGGCGCCGACAAGUCCGACUUGCCAUGAAAGCAUUUUCUUUGUGUUUCCUUUUUUUGUAUUUCUUUUAUAUAUAAAAUAAAUAUACUAAUAAAAAGGUUUAAUUUU